UUGACAAUAGACAUCCUGUCUUUUCUUCUUGACGACGACUCAAAUCUAUAACAUAGCUCCUUACCAAAUUUUUGUAGCUAGUGCCAUUUUACUCGUCACGAAUCUCCUUCAAAUUUAUACAAAUUAAAUUGUAACAAACCGCAAGAGGAUGCAUACUGUCACUUACUGUUACCUUCUGUUGUCAGUGGUAAGCUGGAAGCUGCGUAAAUACUAAAUAAAUUUAUAAAUGCGUCUCUUGAUUCCCAAAAUUGCAUCAUUUCAUCUAAAAACAGUUUUUGAGACUCGUCGUUGGACUGAAGGUUCAAGAUUUGAAAAUUUUCACAAAAUGCCACGGGAAAGACAAAGGGAUGGAACCUUACUACAACAAGCUCAUUACUGCGAUAGCGCCCUGCGUGACGGAAUCUGCUCAAGCAUGCCGCUUCCUCUGUGGAUUUCAAGAGAUGGGUUUCAUUGAUGAAGAAAGUGGGAAAAUUAAUUCGGCCGAGGUUCGACGCGUGUAUGACAAAUAUUUCAAACUGGAUAAUGAAAUGAAGGAGAAAAAUAUCCAAAUGUAUAUAUCCUGUGCUGAAGGAAAGGCUUUGGUCAGCAGAGGCCGGUGCGAACCAAUGCGGGUCGCAACAUACUGCAUGUACAACGCUUAUAUUAAAUUCUGCGACCCGAGCAAAGCGUACAAAAAUGUGAACAUCAAAAGUGAAGAGGACGGUGUUGUAGGCGAUGUCCUAGGAUUGGCCAGGGGUUUACCAGACGGUGGAAAUAAGACGAGAACACUGGCAGCUUAGUUUCAUAUAAUACCUAUAAAUUUAAUUGUUAUUGGAUUGAAAUUUCCCUAUGUGUAUUUGAAAUGAGAUCAUUUAGUUUUAGAAUAUAUAGCUUACCCAAAAUGUAUCAUGUCUUGGGAACACCAGAAUUGAUAAUAUGUACAUGAAACAUUUUUUCCAUCUCUUUUAAAGUCUUCUUAAGCUUCGUCCAUACUUGACGUCAUCAUCAUGUCCUGCUCCCCGUCCGAUAUUUGAUUGGUUGAAACUUUUAAUUGUCAUAUAGUGAUAAUUUCGAGAAACCAAUCAAAAAUAGGAUUGGGACUAUGACAUGAUGAUGACGUCAAGCAUGGACGAAGGUUUACUCGUAAAAUGAGAUUAUUAAUUGUAUAUGAAUUAAUCAUUGUUCUUGUGAUGUGACGUGCAUACAUACAUAAUGACACCUUAAUAAAACUCA